UUUGACACUGCUGGCAGUUGGGCGCGUUUUACAAAGAAGAUUGUAACUGGAGAGAAAUCGAGAGAGAGAGAUAUCCUCUUUUAUACAAAUAAUAAUCGUUAUAAUAAUAAUAAAAAAAAAGUUCAUAAAAAACCAACAAAUCAAAUUCAAUGUCACGGCUAAUUGCUGGAGCCCGCGGCCUUUUCCGUCGCCAUCCAUUCGUUAGCAAUAGCAUCAUCUAUGGAAGUCUUUAUGUGGGUGCAGAAUAUUCACAGCAAUUCGUAACCAAGCAAUGGUUAGCGUUGCCACAAGAGCGUGAGGAUAUUGAUUAUGCCACCAUUGGAAGAUAUGCUGUAAUGGGUACCGCUGCCUAUGCCCCAUCAUUAUACAUUUGGUAUAAAUGGUUGGAUCGCACAUUUCCGGGAACUACGAAAACAAUUAUUGUUAAAAAAUUGGUUCUCGAUCAAUUUCUAUUAACGCCAUAUCUAUUGACUGUUUUCUAUGCAGGCAUGUCCAUCAUGGAAGGCUCUGAUGAUAUAUUUUUGGAAUUGCGUGAAAAGUUUAUGCCAACUUUUGUGAGGUCAUGCAUUUUUUGGCUACCAGCUCAGGCAUUGAAUUUUUCUCUAGUUGCACCAAGAUUUCGUGUUAUCUAUAUGGGUGUCUGUGGCUUAAUUUGGGUUAAUAUUAUGUGCUGGAUUAAACGACAACGUCUGACAACGUCAUCAACGACGGCGACGACGUCGAUGACAACGAAAACCGCAAAUAAUGAGACAAUAGAGGAGACCAAAAUCCAAACUGCAUGAGAUGAUAAUGAUAAUGUUGUUGAUGAUAAUGAUGAUGUUCCAAUAUAGACUUAGUCAUAUAUAUUUGAUAGAGUUGAGAAUAAAUACUGUGAAUACAUAUAAAGCUA